AUGGCGGCUGCGGGACAAUCAUCCAUCACUGUUGCCGUUCGCGUGCGACCGUUUACCAUUAGAGAAGCUGCCCAGCUACAAAAAUCAGAUGACAGCCCCGUCUUUCUCGGAGAUGGCUCCCUCGCUGGCCCAGCCCCAAAACUACACCAGCGUGGGCUAAGGAGUGUAAUCAAGGUCGUAGAUGACCGAUGUCUCGUUUUUGACCCCCCAGAAGACAACCCCGUCCAACGGUUCUCCAGAUCUGUCGUCCCUACGUCCAAAAAAGUCAAGGACCAGGUCUUUGCUUUCGAUCGCGUUUUCGACGACAACACCACACAGUCUGACGUCUACGAAGGCACAACCAAAAACUUACUAGAUAGCGUCCUCGACGGUUACAAUGCCACCGUAUUUGCCUACGGAGCUACCGGUUGCGGAAAGACACACACCAUUACCGGUACCGCUCAACAUCCAGGCAUCAUUUUCCUGACCAUGCAGGAACUCUUCGAGAAGAUUGAUGAACGGAGUCAGGAUAAAUCGACAGAGCUUAGUUUGAGCUACCUUGAGAUCUAUAACGAGACCAUUCGAGAUCUUUUGGUACCUGGCGGUAGCACGACGGGCUUGAUGCUCAGAGAGGACAGCAAUCAAGCUGUGACAGUAUUCGGGUUGACGAGUCACCACCCCAAAAACGUCCAAGAAGUCAUGGAUAUGAUUAUCCAAGGCAAUGAAUAUCGAACGGUAUCCCCGACAGAAGCGAACGCCACGUCAUCUCGAUCACAUGCGGUAUUGCAAAUAAACAUCUCCCAAAAAGACAGAAACGCAGACGUCAAUGAGCCGCACACCAUGGCUACGCUUAGCAUCAUUGAUUUGGCUGGGUCGGAGCGUGCCUCAGUUACCAAGAACCGCGGCGUUCGUCUAACCGAAGGUGCAAACAUCAACAAAUCGCUGCUCGCCUUGGGUAGCUGCAUCAACGCACUCUGCGACAAACGUCAGCGCGCACACGUUCCCUACCGCAACAGCAAACUCACCAGACUUCUCAAGUUUUCGCUCGGCGGCAACUGCAAGACGGUCAUGAUUGUGUGCGUGUCGCCUUCUAGUGCCCACUUUGAUGAGACGCAGAAUACGCUGCGCUAUGCAAACAGGGCCAAGAAUAUCCAAACCAAGGUCACCCGCAACGUCUUCAACGUCAAUCGACAUGUCAAGGACUUCUUGGUCAAGAUUGACGAGCAGAUGGCCCUUAUCAAUGAGCUCAAGGCGCAACAAAAGGACGCAGAACAGAUAUUCUUUGCCAAGUUCCGAAAGCAAUGCGAGAAGCGGGACAGUGUGGCCCAUGAAGGUGUUUUGCGACUUCGAGCGGCGUACGAUAAUUCUGCAGCAGAGCGUCAGGAACGAAUCAACACAAUGAAGAAGCUCAAGGCUUUUGAGAGGCGAAUUGCCAUGUUGACGGGAUGGAUUACGGCAUUCGAUACUGUGUGUGAGCAGAGAGCAGACAACGACGCCAUGCCUCAGAAUCUGACCGCCAUUCGAAAGACUGCCCAAGGGAUUCUCGUCGAACUUGAGAAUAGCCGUCAACAUAUCCAUCAGAAAUUGGAAAAAGCUGCCUGGGAGCGAGCUCUCGAUACUGCACUGUCCCAUAGCCUGCAGCAACUCGAGGGUCUGGAAGGUGCUGACACAGGUGAACACGCUGCCUUGACACGAGAGGCAGAGCUCCUCAAGACCAACUUUGGCCGUGAGGCGUACCGUGAAGUCCUCGAGCAGGAAAAGCUUGGAGACGCAGCCAUGAUGCAAAUGCUGCUUACGGCGCAGUUUGAGAUGCUGGCGUCGCUCUCUGAUACUCUGGCCAUGGAUGAGGAGAGCGCUGUUGCGCAGGCUAAGCAGAUUAUUCACAAGCUUCUUGAGACGGGAUACACGGCUGCCGGGCAGGUUGUCAAACCUGACGGCUCCCUUCCCGUUAUUGAGAUAUUCCCUCCAACCCGCAAAGGCACACCAAAGAGGAAGAAGAGCUUGACAGGCUACGUCAAACCCAUUGCGCCUCCGGCGCUGGCCGCCGUACAAAACGAGCAUGCCUAUGCUAGCCCCAUGAAGUCGUCGCCAAGAAGACGUAAGGUGUUUGGUGCGGCGAGGAAGGGCGUUAGUUUCACCCCAGUCAAAAAAUCCAAGCCCAGAGGUGUGCGAUGGCGAGACGACGAAAGCGAGGACGGGACCCUGGCCGACUUUGCCAACACACCACAACAAAUGGACACUUCUCCAGAUCAGUCAUCAGCAGAGAAGACUCCUGUACCGCCUGCGCAGCCAUCGUAUCUAGUCGAGGAUGAGACGAGCAUCGAAACGUCGAGUCCAAAGAUCGAGACACCAGACGAUGAGCAGGCAGCUGCUCCCACUGCCCGGCCGGGUGGUCGAUUCCAAGCAGGAUUUCUCUCCAAGGGCCGGAUGUCGAUGCAGCCGCAAGGAUCGCCCUCACUGCAAGCCCCAACCUUUAGCAGAAGCGUAUCAUCCAGCUCGCCAGACCCUGCUGGAAGGACGUCACCGCUGCGGGCAUUGGAUGUCGCCAAAACUGGCAACAUGUCACCACCACCUCUGCCAACGCCGUAUCGAAGCAGGCUAAGCCCGCCACAGCCAGCGUCCCUCAAGGCUAUUAUGGACGAGAACAACCCUCCAGCUCAAGGGACUCCAAGCUCUGGGUCUGGGUCGGGGUCUGGGUCAGACUCGGAAUCCAGCAUAAUUGACGCCCGCAAGCUGCGCAGUGCGAUGCAGUCAGCCAAGGCUCGUCGACCGAGUGCACUGGGAGGUCCAGCCGCCGGCAAUGGACGACGAGUUUCCUCGAUCACAGCGAUCCCCGAAAGAUCAAUGCCGCGGCCCAGCAUGCCAGCAGCAUUGGCCAGCAGCACAAACGGGAUAUCAAGAGCCCGUCGAGGCAGCCUAGAGCGGCGAAAGAGUCCUCCUCUUGUGUGCUCACCCGAGUUUAAAGGGGACCGAAGUUUGACGGCGGGUCAAGCCAGGCGGAUGAACCUGGGUGGGAGCGUGCGAGUUGAGAAUGCGGCUAGCAGCCCCCGAGAUGGCCUGAAGGAUGCUCCUCGACGCGUUACUAUUAGUGUCGGGUCGACGCCCGCAUCGCAUCGACGCCAGGAGAGUCGGGGGGCCACGGCAUGGCGGUGA